AUGUCUCACGUUGAUCUGCCUAAUGAACUCUUUUUCAUGAACGCGCAGUAUCUGCCAACCAAUGCCAGCGUUUCAGCGCUGAUGAGGACUGAUCGUCGGCGGUAUAAGCUUCUCCGUGAAUACCUUUAUGAUCAGAUUUCUGGCAACAAGAAGAACAAGACGCUCAACUGGGCCGCCAAACAUGGCUUUGAAAAUAUUGUGCGGGCGAUGUUGCAACGCGGAGGUGAUAUUCGGGUUGACGAAACCUCGUACUUUGGUAACUGGGACCCCGAGUCUGGUCCCACACAAUGCCUCUCAAUGGCAAUCGAGCAUGCAGCUAGAAAUGGGCAUGUGAGAGUGGUGAGGCUAUUACUCGACCAUCAAGCCAGCGCGCUUAAUAUGCGUUCGGGAUACAAUACCUGGCCACUUCUCAGAGCAGCUGGCAAUGACCAUGCAGAGGUGGUAAAGGUUCUGCUGGAACACUCAGCCAACAUCCCAUCAAAUGCAAUUACUGACCUUGGCUUUGGCCCUCCUCGCUCCUUCGACUUCAGCAGUGUUCUGCAUGACGCAUUGAAAGAGGAACGGGAGGAGAUCGUAAAAAUCCUGCUGGCGGAUGACCGCGUGAAGCUAGAUGAUCAGAGCUUGGCUGCUACCGCCUGGAGUGGGGAUGAGACCCUCGUUGAGCUAUGUUUGCGUGAAGCACCUCCAUGUUCGACCCAGAGCGGAUUUCACUCACCACUGGGGGCAGCCGCAGACCGGGGGCAUGAAGCCGUCUUCAAUAUGAUAUUAAGCUCGGAUGGUGUCGAUCCAAACAUGUGA